AUGUCUGCCGCCCACCACCCGUCCAUCAUGCCUGCCACCCACCACCCGUCCAUCAUGUCUGCCGCCCACCACCCGUCCAUCACGCCUGCCACCCACCACCCGUCCAUCACGCCUGCCGCCCACCACCCGUCCAUCAUGCCUGCCGCCCACCACCCGUCCAUCAUGCCUGCCGCCCACCACCUGUCCAUCAUGCCUGCCGCCUACCACCCGUCCAUCAUGCCUGCCGCCCACCACCCGUCCAUCAUGCCUGCCGCCCACCACCCGUCCAUCAUGCCUGCCGCCCACCACCCGUCCAUCAUGCCUGCCGCCCACCACCCGUCCACCAUGCCUGCCGCCCACCACCCGUCCAUCAUGCCUGCCGCCCACCACCCGUCCACCAUGCCUGCCGCCCACCACCCGUCCAUCAUGCCUGCCGCCCACCACCCGUCCAUCACGCCUGCCGCCCACCACCCGUCCAUCACGCCUGCCGCCCACCACCCGUCCAUCAUGCCUGCCGCCCACCACCCGUCCAUCACGCCUGCCGCCCACCACCCGUCCAUCACGCCUGCCGCCCAACUCUAA